CCAAGUGGGUCGGUCGCUUGGGUUGGGCCUCCUGGUGGCGACUGGUAACUGCUGGCUGCUGAAAGCCGAGCGCUGUUCAGGGGAGGGUUGAGGGGAGGGUUCAAGGCAGCCAUUCGCUGCGUCCCGCCUUUGUGAGAUUUAUGUCCGAAAAUAAGGCCUCCGGAAAUGAGGCCGCCUUCCCCUCAGGCGGCGGCUUGCGUGGUCGAGGUCGCGGCCGUGGCAGAAGGGGGCGUGAGGUAGAAUGGGCCCCCGAAACCGGGAUUGCCUCUUCCCAGACCCCUGUGGGGUUGUCCCAACUAGACAGCAUCUCUAGCAGCUCUUAUGAGUCCUCCCACUCUCAGUGGCAGACCGCCUCCCAACCCCAUUCUUCACCUCCGAUUAGCGGGUCCACCCAUGAGCUGGUUGGUUCCUUUAUUUCCACCAACCUCUCUCAGCUGGAUGAUGAUUCUGGCCAGAGGAAUGACCCCAUCUCAAAGUUUUCUUCUUGGGAAUUAAACGCUCCCAGCCAGAGCGGUCAGAUCCCCAUACCUGCCUCGGACUACUCCAUUCUUAGCUCUGUCUCCCAGCAUUUAUCUGUAAUAGAAUCCAUCCCGGAUUCAUCCCAUUCUUUGGGGCUAAGGUCCUCGGUGAUUUCUGGGCAAGUGUCUUCUAUGGCUUCUAGGCCUGGCACUUCCCUAGAGUCAGAACUAGGGUCUAUUCCUGUCUCAGUGAUCAGCACUCCCCGAGGAUCGGUAGAUGAGCCCACUUUACCCGCAAUGUCUAACUACCCCUGGGGAUUGCCACUAGAAUACCCUACUAACAGUGACACGUCCGUGUCUUCGUUGGAACUACCUGAACCUCAAGAAAAUACCCCACGGGUGCCGAUAGAAGACUCCCCCAUGCACAGUCUGUCCGUAUCUGCUUGGUUAUCCACAUCAUCACCUUCUGCACCCUAUUUCCAUUCCGGGAUCCCGGUACAAAGACCUCGGGUGCUCGAUAGCCCAACAUCCCCACGGCAUAACCCCCGAGGUUUGACGCAAGGACCUCCUCCUUCCCAUGCCCCUCCAGUGCCUGUACAAGAGCCAUCCCUGCCCGGUGUGCAGGGCUCUUCCAGGGUAUCUCAACAAGGAUCAGCUCCGCCCCUGAGCGCUCCCCUUGCACAAGGGCCCGCUCCGCCCCCAGGGCCGGGCUCCCCCUGGGUAUGGGUAGAAAGUUCGGCUCCGCCCCCAGACUCCAGGCAAGGGGAGGUACAAGGGUCUGUUCCACCCUGGGCGGUCCCCCCUUUUAAACCCAAGUCUCCGAGGAAUCUCACCCAAACCAUGACGAAUCUGGAGAAGCCUAAUAUCACAGGCCACAUGUUCGACGUAGUCGUGAUUGGAGGCGGCAUCUCAGGGUUGGCUGCUGCCAAACUCUUAUCUGAAUAUAAAAUUAAUGUCUUGGUUUUGGAAGCCCGUGAUAGAGUUGGAGGAAGAACAUAUACUGUGAGGAAUGAUCAUGUUAAAUGGGUAGAUGUUGGUGGAGCCUAUGUAGGACCAACCCAGAACAGAAUCUUACGCUUGUCUAAAGAGCUAGGCAUAGAGACUUAUAAAGUGAAUGUCAAGGAGCGUCUAGUUCAAUAUGUCAAGGGGAAAACUUACCCAUUUCGUGGUGCAUUUCCACCUGUGUGGAAUCCCUUGGCAUAUUUGGAUUAUAACAACCUGUGGAGGACAAUGGAUGAAAUGGGAAAAGAGAUCCCCACUGAUGCACCAUGGCAAGCACAACAUGCUGAGGAAUGGGACAAGAUGACCAUGAAAGAGCUCAUUGACAAAAUCUGCUGGACAAAAACUGCUCGAGAUUUUGCUUCUCUUUUUGUGAACAUCAAUGUGACAUCUGAGCCUCAUGAGGUAUCUGCCCUGUGGUUCUUGUGGUAUGUGAAGCAGUGUGGUGGCACCACUCGGAUAUUCUCAGUCACCAAUGGAGGCCAGGAACGGAAAUUUGUAGGUGGAGCUGGCCAAGUAAGUGAAAAGAUGAUGGACCUCCUUGGGGAUAAAGUGAAGCUGAGCUCUCCUGUUACUUAUAUUGACCAAACAGAUGACAACAUCAUUGUAGAGACACUGAAUCAUGAACACUAUGAGUGUAAAUAUGUAAUUAGUGCCAUCCCACCGAAUUUGACUACCAAGAUCCAUUUCAAACCAGAGCUUCCACCUGAGAGAAACCAGUUAAUUCAGCGUCUUCCAAUGGGGGCUGUCAUCAAGUGCAUGGUGUAUUACAAGGAAGCCUUCUGGAAGAAAAAGGACUAUUGUGGAUGCAUGAUCAUUGAAGAUGAGGAAGCACCAAUUUCAAUCACUCUGGAUGACACUAAACCUGAUGGGUCACUGCCUGCCAUCAUGGGCUUCAUUCUUGCUCGGAAAGCUGAUCGACUUGCUAAGCUAAAUAAAGAAAUAAGGAAGAUGAAAAUCUGUGAGCUCUAUGCCAAAGUUCUGGGAUCUGAAGAAGCUUUACAUCCAGUCCAUUACGAAGAGAAGAACUGGUGUGAGGAGCAGUACUCUGGGGGCUGCUACACAGCCUACUUCCCUCCUGGCAUCAUGACCCAGUAUGGAAGGGUGAUUCGCCAGCCAGUAGGCAGGAUUUACUUUGCAGGCACAGAGACAGCAACACAGUGGAGUGGCUACAUGGAAGGAGCAGUCCAAGCUGGAGAACGAGCAGCUAGAGAGGUCUUGAAUGCUCUAGGAAAGGUUGCCAAGAAAGACAUAUGGGUUCAAGAGCCUGACUCCAAGGAUGUUCCAGCAUUUGGAAUUACCCACACCUUCUUGGAGAGAAACCUGCCUUCCGUGCCUGGUAUACUAAAGAUCACUGGUUUUUCCACCUCUGUGGCUCUUCUCUGUUUUGUAUUGUACAAGUUUAAACUGCUGCCACAGUCCUGAACUUUUUCACCCUUGGACCUCCUGCUUGAUCAUCCUUAGCACCAUCACCAUUAAAAGAAAAAUGUGGAUGAAUUACAGCCCGUGUCAUUGGGCCAUUUAAGUGCACUUGAUUUAACCCUCCUCAGUUUAAAUUUAGUCUUUGUAAAGUGACAAUCCAAAGAAUCACCUAUCUAAUUAUAGUAAGACCAAGUUUCAUCCUGUUUGUUAGACUAAUUCAUGUUGGUUGAUAAAAUGUAAUCCUAUGAAUGUUUAAUUUUAAAAAGGUGAAGUACUUGUAAGGAAUAAUUUCUGGGUUAUUUUUCUUGCCUUUAAUGCAAAAUAGUUGAUGGUUUCAGAAAUAAAACACUUGACUUACUGUAACUUUUGCAUAGCUACUCAGAUGUGCAGAGUAAAAUGGUGGCUGAAAUGUUCCUUAGGUGUCCUCACUGAGUAGUUCCAUGUGAGACAAACUAUACUAGGCACUUCCUUUUCUGGUCUGUAUCUAAACACGAAUUAGCCCUUGUCAGUAACAUUCUGUGCUGAUUUAAGAAAGUAGCAUUUUUUCCUGUGGUCCUUGGCUGUCUGAUCAUAGAAUUAGAUCUCUGAGCCUACCUGUGUCUUCAAUAUGGUUAAAUAUUAGCAUGCCAUUUUCUCUCAAGUUCCAAAGGACACAUGAAAUUUUCUCUAUUGUUAUUUAUUGAGAAAGUCAAAUGCAGAAAUGAAAUUAGGGCUCAAUCUGAUAACAUUACUUGUUUUAAUUAUUAGGUUUUAUAACAGACAUUAAACUGAAUGGUUUUAUAUAUCCAGACUGAGUUCUCGAUCUUACAAGUAUUAUGGGCCUGGAAUGGUGCCUAUCUCUUCUCUUUCCCAUUUGAAAAACUGUCAAUUUAAAAAAAAAUCUUU